AUGGGAGAUUUCCACAGCAAUGCCUCUGGCUCCCUCUCCUUCAUUCUGACUGGCUUCCCGGGAUUGGAGGAUUCCUUGUACUGGAUGUUUAUUCUGCUGGGAGCCCUCUACUCUGUUGCCAUCCUAGGAAACUCCCUGAUUCUGGUCAUCCUGAAGGAGGAGCAGAGCCUGCACCAACCCAUGUACUAUUUCCUGGCCAUGCUGUCCAUCAGUGACCUGGGGGUGAGCUGCUCAACUCUGCCCACGGUCCUGGGCACCUUCUGCUUCAACAUCAGGGAGGUUGGCUUCGAUGCCUGCAUGGCCCAGAUGUUCUUCAUCCACUUUUUCUCCUUGACGGAGUCAGGCAUCCUGCUGGCCAUGAGCUUUGACCGCUAUGUGGCCAUCUGUAACCCCCUCAGAUACUCAGCGAUACUGAUUGGCAGCUGCAUUGUCAAGAUGGGUUUGGCUGUUUUAGUACGCAGCUUCAUUUUGAUCCUUCCUCUACCCUUCUUCCUGAGAAGACUGCCAUUCUGCAAGGCCAACAUUCUCCAUCAUGCCUACUGUCUCCAUCCCGAUCUCAUCCGCCUGCCCUGUGGGGACACUACUGUCAACAGCUUAUUUGGCCUGUCCAUCCUGGUCUCCACAUUCGGACUGGAUUCUGUGCUCAUCUUCAUCUCCUACGUCCUGAUCUUCAGGUCUGUCCUGACCAUCGUGUCCCAGGCAGGAAGAUCCAAGGCCUUCAACACCUGUGUCUCCCACAUCUGCGCGGUGCUCAUCUUCUACAUUCCAAUAGGGGGUGUGUCCAUGAGUCACAGGUAUGGGAAACUGGCACCUCCUUUUGUCCACACAUUGAUGUCCAUCAUCUACCUCUCCGUGCCACCCAUGCUCAACCCCAUCAUCUACAGCAUCAAAACUAAGGAGAUCCACAAAAGAAUGGUCAAGAUGCUCUCUGGUGCUUUCGGGGUGUGCUGGGGGAGGAUGUUUUCUUUGAAUCAUUUAUAUGUGGCCAGUACAAACCACCUGAACAAAUACAUGGCUCAUUUUCCUCUCACAUUUUUCCACAUGCAAGGAAUCCUCCUGUAUUCACCAGUAAGGUCUAAUAUCACAUUAGCAGGCAUCAUUACCUGGGAGCUUUUUAAAAGUAUCCCUCAUAUUUUAUGUAAUUCACAACUGUGCCCCAAUGCAACAGGUGUUGCACUCCAGGGCAGUGAAUCAGUCAGGGAUGCUCUUGCAGUCAUCUAUAGUUUUAAAAACUUGAUUACCUCUUUGAUGGAAAACUUCCAUAGCAGAACACAAACCAAAUGCCAGUGGAUAAACAAUAGCUUCCAAAUGCCAAAUUCUACAGUUCUUUGUAUUAAUCCCAUAUCCUUCGAGCAUCCAUACCGGAGCGCACUUUUUGAAAAAUUUAUCAUUUUCCUACUCCUUCAGAAACUUUUAGAAAUGAUUUGA